AAGUACUGUAAUUUGCCUUUAUUACAGCUCUCACUCUCUCUAUUUUGCUCUACACCAAACCCUAUCUAACCGCAAUUUAAACACCGCAAUCUCCCUUCUAUGCGCUUUUCAUAAAAUGACUUUGACUAAAAAUAAAUAUAUUAAAAAUAAAAAGUUCGAGUUCGAGUUGAAGUUCACGGCGCAAACCUGGCUAAAACCUCAGCAAACAUGCCCAUCAAAGAGGUCUUACAACGCUGUCGGCCUAUACCGCUCUACGUGGUGCUGAUGCUAUCCAUCUGCUACUUUAUGCUCCAACUGGUCCUCAGCCAUUUGACGCACGCUUUGACUCUGCUCAUGGCUUCCUAUCACAUGUUGUGCAACAUUUUGGCACUAGGCGGCUGUGUUAUAACGAUUAAGCACAGCAAGCAGCAUGAGACGGCGCCCACAGCGCCCAAGGCUGCGCCCAUUAUGGAUACUUGCUCCUCGGAUGACAAGAUCGCCGUGGUGCUCACUCUCAGUGAGACGGAGGAGCAGCAGCUGGCCAAGCGGGAGUCGCGCGAGUUGAAGCUGCGCAACACCUUUGGCUGGGCACGCAUCGAUAUACUCACCAUGCUGAUUGUGUUCAUCAUAUUGGCCUCGUUGUCCUUUUCGCUCAUUGUGGAGGCGCUGCAGACGCUGGUCCACAUCGACCACCAGGAUACGAUGCAUCUGCCCAUACCCGUGAUGAUGCUUGGCUGUGUGGGUCUCAUCCUGAAUGGACUGACAUAUCUGCUGAUAGGCGGCUACAGCUUGCAUCAAGGCAGCUUUCUGCACUUGACGCCGGGCGGCAACGUUGUACUGGAGCGUUCCAUGUCCAGUCAUUCAGAUUUGGCAUUGAAGCCCAUGCAGCGCACACUGAGCAAGUCGCACAACGACCGCCAGCUGCGCCAAGAGCUGCAAGCGGAGGUGGGCAGCAUUUACCUCACAACCAAGCGACAGGGCGCUGUGGAGAUGCUGCGCGAUGUGUCCAGCACGCUCUUUGUCAUCGUCUGUGCGGCCAUUGUCUAUGUGGCUGAGGAUGAACAGCAUACGGCCAAGUUCAUAGAUCCCGUUUUGUCUAUAUUCUCUUGUGUGCUGUUGGUCUCGCUGAGUUAUCCAUAUAUGAAAGAAUCCUGCCUUAUUUUACUGCAAACAAUACCCGGCUCCAUUGAUCUGGAGAUCUUUGAGCGUACGCUGGUUAAUAAAUUUCCCGAGAUUGUUAGCUAUCAUGAUCUGCACAUCUGGCAGCUGGCCGCGCACAGCUAUGUGGCCACCAUACACAUUCAGUUCCAGAAUCCCAAGCUCUAUCUUAAGAUCAUCGAGCAAGUGCGUGCCUAUUUCCAUGAGCACGGCAUCGCUGAGGUGACCAUCCAACCCGAAUUCUAUCCGACGACCAAUAUAAAUGCCUCAGCCUCCUUGGAGUGCCUUAUGCAAUGCCAGGCAGCCGAGUGCAUUGAAAAGGUUUGCUGUCGCGAUUCUCGCUCCGAUUUGCGUGAGGUGAGCAGCAGUCCAGAUGCCAGCAGACCACCCAAGGCCAAGUCCUGCGCUGAACUGAGCACAGUUGUUGUCGCGAAGCCCAAGGAGCUUAACGUGGCGCACCUCAUGCAGGGAGAACAGAACGAAGCGUUGUCCUCAAGUCCAUCUAGCUUAUCGCUGCCUGUAGAGGCAAGCACAACUGAUGCCAAAAGCUUUUGAUCGUCCAUAAUUAUUAUAUAGUCAUAGCGAUUUUACGAUUUUAACUAGACUUUAAGCUCAUUCUAACGAUUACUACUGCAUUUAGACUAUUUGAAUUUCCCAAUAUAUUUAAGACUUGUGUUAAGUUAGCUGCG